UUUUAGCUUCUUUCAGUAUUUUUCAACACUGCCUCCUGCUUUGUAUAUUCGCAUUGACUGGCAACUCUCUUUCUUUUUAACCUCUCGUUUCGGGCAAGCUUAAAAUGGCCAAGUCAAAGAACCACACAAAUCACAACCAGAACAAGAAGGCGCACCGCAAUGGAAUCAAGCGCCCGAUGCGCAAGCGUCACGAGUCCACCUUGGGAAUGGACGUCAAGUUCUUGAUCAACCAGCGUUAUGCCCGCAAGGGAAACCUGUCCCGCGAGGAGUCCGUGAAGCGCUACAACGAGCGCAUCGCCGCCCAGAAGGGAAAGACCGCUCCCGUUAAGUUGUAGAUUGCUCCCAUCUUUUAAUAGUGGAUAAUUAAAGGACAAUUCAAUUUAACGAA